AUGCCCAUCUUCGUCACUUCUGCGAAUGACACAGCGCGUGACAAUACCGACGCGUCGAGAUCGGCGAGAUAUCAACGACGACGCGCUUGUUGUUCCCUCUGUCAAAUUGACUUUGGCUAUCUCUUCCCCAGCUUCGAGCCAAGCAAGACAAGCAGCACAAACUCGGUACGCACAUACGAUCAUCACCCACACUCGUUUACACCAUCCUCAACAAUGAUCUCAAAAAUCGCAUUGGUCGCCUCACUGGCCGCUACGGCUCGAGCUGGUUUGUCGAUCACCUCUCCCAUUGAUACGACAACCUGCGUCGGCAAUGGUAUCUGCAACAUCACCUGGGACGUCGUCCCCGAGAAUGGCAGCGUAGACCAAUGGGGCUCCACUAAUCUUACCAUCUAUACCGGAUCAACAUACCUGCAAACCCCACUCCAGUGGCUUGCAACUAUUCCCGAUCUCAAUGCUCCGGCGCCGUACGUCUUUGGCAUCGAUCCCAAUAUCGGACCAUCCUUCAUCCGAUUCCAAAGCAAUGCAGGCACAAGUGCUGCUGGAGAGCCUCUGCAGGCCUUCUCGAGCAAGUUCACACUCGACGGCAUGGCCGGGACGUUCAACUCGACAAUAUGGUCAAUGAUCAAUGGAGAGAAUGUGGUCAUCGCCAGCACAUCGGCCAAUGUCGAUGUCGUCGCGACCUCAACAACAACUGCAGCUUCAACUGUGCUUGCAGCAGCAGCUACUACGCAGCCAGUCUCCACAGCGACAGUUCUCUCAAGCUCGAGCAAAACAGGCGGCGCUGCCAAGCUUGCAGCCGGACCUCUGCUCUUUGCUGGCUCAUUGCUGCUCCUUGCACUAUGA